UGUGACGUAAUCUAUACUAUGCUUCACAUGCAGCUCUGGCACAUCACUUUAGGACUGAACAUUUUCUAUGUGAGGAGGGUGAUUGUGCUGGACAACAUCUUACCGCUGUGUUUAGGAGUGAAAUUGAUCUCAAGGCUCACAAGGCAACAGUUCAUGGUCGUGGAAUGAAUCGUGGUGCGGCUCGACAGGCUCGUACUCUUGAGCUGCAAUUCAAUAUCACGCCCCAUCCUACCGCAGUAGUACAACGAGUCACUAGAGAGCGUAUAGAACGCUCACCGUCCCCACCUCCAGCGGCUCCAGCACCUCGAAUUGACCCAGCCAGCGAUGAACAGUUUCCACGAUUGUCUGCUGCUGCGCCAGCCCCGCCUAACCUCUUAGGUGCUCCUUCGAGGCUCUAUAAAGGUGCUGAUGGGCUGGCUCGGACGGAGCGAAAUUUCCCAGCAUUGGACGGAUCCGGAUCUGGAACAUCACGUGCGCCCGUAUCUAAAAGCAACGGGCCGGUAGCCUCUGCUGUACUCAGAAAUUCAAAGCAACCGUCAGUGUCCAUACAAGUGCAUAGUCAACCGGCAAGCGCCAGCAACUUCAGGUUGACUCAGACUUCAGGGAAUCGUAUUACGAUACCAAAGAAGCCGCUCUUUGAUGAAGACUUUCCUUCACUCUCCGUUCCUAAGGAUGAUCAUCCAAGUAUUGGUGCUGGAACCGUCCAACCUGCUAAGGUUACCCUUAUAAAUAGUGAAGAAAUGCAGUCCAUGAAGGCCACGAAACCAAGGCAACCGAAGAAACAGUCUUUAAAUACCGAAGCGUUUCCAGCUCUACCAUCUUCUUCGGCACCCACUUCUCCACCGCAAUGGAUUACCGUAUCCAAACCGAAAGAAAAACCUAAACGUGUUCCAGAACCAGUAAAAACUUUCAAUCCAGUAGCUGAUUUUCCUACCCUCAACGCGAAGUCUAAAAAGAAAACUCCCACUCAACCCGUUCCGACACAAAAUGACAAAAAGAAGAAGAAAAAGAAAGAUAUGGAACCAGUCAACGGUGUACCGGACGAAUUUAUAAUUGCCAGUGUUAAUAAUAAUAACAAUAGCGGUGAAGGUGAUAAAAAAAUUAAGACAACAGUUGAACCGGAUAGAAAAGUGAUAGUUGAUAAAAAAGAAAAAGCUACAGAAUCGCGGAGCGGGGACUUCGCACUAAAGGCGCAAGAGUUUCCCUCGUUAAAUCCAAGAGAACCAAGUGUGAAUAAAAGUGUUAAAGUGAAUGUGCCGAUCAGUAAAGUGGUUAGUAAAGUGAAUGGAGUGCCUCCAGGAUUCAAGAAGCGUCAAGCGUGUGAUAUGACGUUUACGAAUUCGUCUGGUCAAACGUUUCCGGCGCCGGUGCACAAGUACAUACCGCCUUUGGAUUUUGAGAACCGAAACAGGGCUUUGGUUAAGAAUUUCGCCGCUGCACUGGGUACAGCUGCGGCGGUGGAGGAUUUUAAGGUUGCAUCGAGAGCGUUCCGCGAUAACAUUACAACUGCCGAAGAGUUCUAUGAGCAUUGUAAAAUAGCUUUGGGGAACAAAUUGGAUGAUCUGCUCCCAGAAUUAGUUGCCCUGUUGCCAGAUAUUGGUAAGCAGCAAGAAAUAAUCGUGGGAAAAAGUAUUCCGUCUCUUGACGUUUGCUCGACUUGUGGUCAAGUUAUCGCGCGGGCUGAUUCUAUUGCUCACGAUACAGCGCAUUGGCCGCCAUUGGCCCCUCGUUAAUUUAAUAAUAGUCACUGACCCAAUUCAGCAAUUGUUUGAAAUUUUGACAGAUUUUCUUAGUACGAAAACCCGGUUGUUUGAAACGGUGGAAAGUA